CUUACUUUCAAACUCUUCCUCUCCGGAUCCCACCCGCUCGAUACAAACAAGUCCUCAGUAAUUUGAUAGAACGCGCCCCCGUCUUCCACUAUGAGGUCACAGAAUGCUGCGUAUCCAGGCGUUAUCGCACCAGUGUCACCUGUCUGCUCAGCACAACGCAUUGGCGGGGGAUCUCCGUCAGGCUUGCCUCCAAGCAACAGUGCAUCUGCGGCUUCAUCCCACGAGAUUUCGUGCUCAGAUUCAUUGGCAGGCUCGGAAUCCUCAAGUUUUGUUCUCUUCGACCAGGCAUUUCGUGGUUGUUCUUCAACUCGGCGUCGCUUUCGUGUUGGAGUCCGGGAAUCGAGGGCUUGAGAGACGUUUGGGUAGGAUGGUGUUCCACCAAGAACGAUGAGGGCUGGUGGCGAUGGAGGAGGAGUUUGCAGGAGAAUGAGCUCAUCGUCCGAAUUGGAGUUAGCCAUCAAGGUCCAGUCGACGCACCCAGGUUUUCAGCGCAAUCUCGGUGCCUCCGCCUCAGCUUCCCGGCCCUCUCCCUUCGCUUCUAAGAUUUGGGGAUUCGUUGGACCACUCACCUGCUCAAAUACAGCCACAGCAGACGCCUCUUCCCGCUGUGUAUCGGCAGUGGCUAACACCUCCAAAUCAGCGAGUGGCACCAUACCAAACUUACAAGCCAAUCCAUUGGCACUUCAACAGCCAAGAGCGGUCUUUGGGGUCUGGAACACCGCCGCAGUUGCCAAGCAGCAGUCCACCACGAUCCUCCUCUCCUAUAUGCACUUCCGAGCCCGAAGGCUCACUGUUGACCGCUGCUGUGACCUCGGAACGGUCCAGAAAGCCCAGGAAUCGCGUUACCAAGAAGAAUCCGGUCUUUGGAGAGGUCCAGGGUGCAAUGAGAGGAUCGAAGCAUAUCUCCAUACUCAGAAACAAAGCGCUCCGAGAUAAAGUCGAAGUCAAAUCCGAGGCCAGCGCUCGCUUCUUGCGUCUGAGCGCCGACAUCAUUGAACGAUGUGAACGUCUGUCUGUUGAAACCGGCAGCUGGGUUCAUUUCUCUGCUCAGCAUCGAUUUGCCGCAGACCCGUUCCUCCAUUACACAUCGCCUGCGUUACUGAAAGAAGCAAAACAAGAUAUGACUCGAAUCACCAACGACUUCAGCAAGCUAUUCAAGACACUCAUGGCUGCUCGGAACGAGUCGACAAAGGAAUUGCACAAGAAGCUAACUGAAGCACAGGAGAAGGAGAAGGAAGCAGCAGCUGCAUUGGAGCAAUCACAGCAGAAUGUGGCUGACGCUGCAAGACAGAUGGAAAUGCAAGCAGAGGAGCUGCGUGCAAAGGAAUUGGAGUUGGAGUCGUAUAGGAUUCGGCUUCGUAUGGCCCAAGGACAAUCCAAGUAGAUUUUCAAAAUGCCUCUAUCACCGUACAUGGCUGCAAAUGUUAUAUUACACAUUGUCUAACCCUUGCUUUUUUU